AUGCCAUUUGGUCUUCGCAAUGCUGCCCAAACAUUUCAGAGGUUCAUUGACCGAGUCCUACGUGGUCUCCCGUUUGUGUACGCCUACAUCGAUGACCUCUUGGUAGCCAGUCGAAAUGCCGAGGAACACAAAGAGCAUCUUGCCUUAGUGUUUGACCGCCUCGAUCAGUUUGGCGUGGUCAUUAACCUUUCCAAGUGUGUUCUGGGUGUGCCGUCCCUUGAUUUUCUUGGUCACCAUGUCGAUGCAAAAGGUUGGCGUCCCCUCUCUUCCAAGGUUGAGGCCAUUUGUGACUUUCCUCCAUCAACCUCCAAGCGUCAGUUGCAACGUUUCCUUGGCAUGGUAAACUUUUAUCGCCGGUUCCUACCGAACUGUGCCGACCUUAUGCUGCCACUCACCAACUUGCUCUCUGGUCCCAAGGGUCCCCUUGAGUUACGUGGCCACGCGCUGACUGCUUUUGAGAGAAUAAAGACCUCCCUUGCUGAUGCUACCUUGCUCACUCAUCCUGCUCCAGAAGCCCCAUUGUCCCUGAUGGUUGAUGCUUCGAAAAUUGCCGUAGGAGCAGUCCUCCAACAGCAUAUCAACGACUCGACACGACCGCUGGCAUUCUUCUCCAAGAAGCUUUCACCUGCCGAGACGAGAUAUAACACGUUUGGACGUGAACUUCUUGCCAUUUACCUAGCCGUAAAACAUUUCCGACACUUCCUUGAGGGUCGUGACUUCACAAUUUUCACAGACCACAAACCACUUACAUUUGCCAUCCGAUCCCAUUCUGACAAAUAUAACCCGAGAGAGAUUUCUCAUUUGGAUUACAUCUCGCAAUUCACCACCGACAUCCGCCACAUUGAUGGCCCGAAGAAUGCGGUGGUCGACAUGCUGUCCAGACCUUCCCUCUCUGCGUUUCACCUCUCACACGGGAUUGAUCUUGGUGCUAUGGCGGCUGAACAACGACGUGUUGGAUGCCCUGGCGACGAGUCUGUUGACAGUCUUCAAUUAGUUGACGUCCCACUGACCACCGGCAAUGGCACAAUCCUUUGUGACGUAUCGACUCCUUUUCAUCGCCCUUAUGUGCCUGCCUCGAUGCGUCGAACUGUAUUUCAAACUCUCCACGAACUCUCUCAUCCUGAGAUUUGA